AUGCUAGAUCGACGCUCCAGCGCCUUUGGCAAGGGUGGGGCGGGCCUCAAGGCGGACCCGAGGCCGCUGGGCGACAAGAACUUCCUCAACGCGUGCAUCCGCACCGUGAUCACCUACCUCUCCACGCACGGGUAUCCGUAUGCCGUGUCCCCCAAGAUCCUGACUUCGCCUACGGGCAAGGACUUUGCCCAGAUCGUGCAGUUCCUGUUCCAGCGGUUCGACCCCAGCAUGAAAGUAUUUGGCAAGGUGGAGGACGAGGUCCCGCUGUUCUUCAAGCGUCUCAACUACCCCUUUCAAAUCUCGAAGUCGGCGCUGUUCGCCGUCGGCAGCCCGCACAGCUGGCCGAGCGUGCUCGCUGCGCUGACAUGGCUGGUGGAGCUGCUCAAUUAUGAGGAGAAGGCCGAGGAGGCGGCGGCGGACCCGGCAGGGCCAGGAUCUUUAGACUCGGACCGGCAACGCAGCGAGCGAGCGUUUUACGAGUAUGUCGCAGGCAGCUACAGGUCGUUUCUGUCUGGGGAUGACGUGCGCUGCGCGCAGGCGGACGAGGAGAUGCUGGGGCAGAUCCGGGACCGGGAGGGAGCGCUGACUUCAGAGCUGGAGCGGUUGAGGGAGUCGUCAGACGCGCUAGGCCGCACACUCGAGUCGCUGCGCACGGCGCCCAGCCCCCUGGUGGCGGCGACCGCGGCGCGGGACGAGUGCUCGCGGGACAAGGCCAAGUUUGAGGCGGCCCUGGAGAACAUGCGGGCGGCCAAGGUCACAUGUGCACGCAAGGUGGAGGAGCGCAAGGCGGAGCUGACGUCGCGGAAGCAGCAGCUAGCAGACAUCCUGCAGGAAAACGAUCAGCUGCGGGCCCAGAUCGCGAACCAGUCGCUGUCUCGCGCCGACGUCAACCGGCUGCUGGCUGAACGUGGCAAGCUGAAGGGCGUGCUGGACAGCGUGGUGGAGGCGCGGGAGGGGCUCGAGCGGCGCGCGUACGAGCAGGAGCUGAAGGUGGAGCGCUCGCUGAAGGAGCUGGAGGAGAGCGUGCGGCAGUACAACCUGGCGGCACACAGCGGCGGCGGCGCAAACGCCAGCAGCGGCGGCAGAGACAGAAGCAACAGCGCCGGCGGCAACAGCAGCGGAGGGCGGCGGCAGCAGCAGCAGCAGCGGGCCAGGCUGGCGCUCAUCCCUGCCAGCGCAAAGCGCGCGGGCGGCACCAACUUUGAGCUGUCGGUGUCGCGCGGCGAGGAGGCGCCGCAGGGCCUGGUCGGCGCAGACAUCAAGGGCAGCAUCAAGCCGGGGCUGGUGGCGCUGCGGGAGCGGUACAGGGGCCGCGCCAGGGACCUUGCGGAGGACGGCCUGGGCCUGGCGGAGCAGCUGGAUGCAGCACGCGAGGCGGUCAGGGAGCGGGCAGAGGACGAGGCCAACGCAAAGCUGCAGGUCCAGCGCCUGGAGGUGGCGUACCGCGCCCUGCGCGAUGAGCUGGAUGGUGACAUGCGCACCACGGGGGAGCAGGCCGACAGGAUCAAGUGGUGCCUGUUUGAAUGCUGGGUACCGCAGCAGCCAUGA